GAAUUCCCAUUCUUUUUUGGUUAACAAACAUUUCUUAAAAACAAACCUACCUGUUAGUGCUUCAUUGUACAUAAACAUCUACCCAUAAAUGUACUCUUAAAAGCGUUUAUCCAGACUCAUUCACAUCAGAUGACUUUCUCAUGCACUAUAUGAUAGCUUUGUUUCGGGGAAAAAGGACAAUUGCAGGGAAGAACAAAGAAUGCUCUCAUUUUGGAUACGUAUUUGAUGUAGUUAAGCAUUUUCUGCGUCUUUAGUCAAAAUGGAAACCAUACCUCGUUAAAGCUCAAUGAAAGGAUUGAGACAAUUUGUGAAACUUGCAGCGGUACGGCUAUAUCUUCAUUUCGGACAAUCUCUGAGCCCCCCUUCCCCCCCUUAGGGUAUCGGAUCACUUCUUUAGGAACUCCGCACCUUGAGUUUAUCAGAAUCCCGCCAGUCUCAUAACCCUGGAUACAAGAAAACAUUUUAAGCAACCCAUAUCCUGUUGUCCCAAGGCUUUGCCACGAAACAUCGCCGAUGCUCUGCUCCCUACAAUCCCUUUGGGUCUCAUCACAAAUGUUCAGGGGCUCUUCAUAUGAAUUUACUAAUACUAUCUCAUGUAUCCACUAAUUUACUGUAUUCAUUACAUUCUUAUAUUCUUAUAUUCUUAUAUUCUUAUAUUCUUAUAUUCUUAUAUUCUUAUAUUCUUAUAUUCUUAUAUUCUUAUAUUCUUAUAUUCUUAUAAUCUUAUAUUCUUUAUUUACUGCUUAUUUCUCAGAAAUGUUACCCUAAUCUUCGCACUUCCACUGAGGCCUUGGCAAAAGCGAAUAAAGCCUCCCCUGAAAUCUUAUCAAAGGUUCCUAAUCUAGAACAAGGGCUAUUUUCAACCUUCGAUACGCUGCUAUCCGGGGCAUGUGGUGGUUGUGUGGUAUUGGAAUCGUCACGAAGGGCAUUCAUUUGGGCUCAACGUGCUACUUCUGCGCCCACUACUAGGAGGACCCUUCCGCGAGGAACAAACAAAUAGUAGCAAUUUGGUCAAAGAAGCAUUCUAGCGUAUUCAAAAUUCUGGAUUGAGUGCCUGAAGUCCGAUCAAUCAUCGCGUAUUUGUGUUCGCUGUAGCCUAUGCUAAGACCAGAGGUGCUUUUUGUCAUUAAAUUUAACACUCAGGCAAUAAUUGAGCGUCUUCAAGUCCUCCAGGCUUCAGGUGUAUGAAGGAACUCACCUAUAACGUAAACCUCAUGUGAACUGGAGUUGAAGCGAAAAGGGGUAGGGUGGAGUCAAGACGAUGAUUUUGACAGAAAGAUGAGAUCCGUGUCGGAAAUCAAAAUCUUAGAUGCGCAUUUUUCAUAUGGGUAUCAUAUGGGUUUCUGAUGGUGACGGGGAACUUCUUACACAAUUAUGGUGGACAAUGUGUUUAGCUCCGCUCAAACGGUAGCCUACCUUAUGCUGAGGAGAGCGGUUCAAUGAUUUCACACAGUGCAAUUUUAUCCUGAUAUUUUUUCCCUUCAAUUGAUCGAGAUGAUUAAUUAUUAUCUAGAAAUAUAUACACAUGUGGCGUGUGGUUAACUAUGAUGGUAAAAAAGCAUCAAAUCAAACUUCACACCGGAAUCGCCAUGCUUUCCCUUCCGCUAAUUCGAUAACAUCUGCUUUAGAUUCCGACGGCGAGGUUCCCGUGACCAGUAAACAGGUGACGAAGCUAGUAAAGAAUUUGCGGCACACGGCGUGUUCUCUCCGCUCAAACAGCGUAUUUUCCUUAGAAAAGCCGCUGCGGUUCGUGGAGCGAUUCGUGAAGGAUUUUCUAGACUCUCACUUGCACCAGACCACUUGCGAAGGAGAGGGGAAUGAUCGUGCUGUCGAGGAGCCGCAUCCAAAAACUUCAUCUUUUCUUUCUGUUCGUUUAAUUGCCCUCGGCAUCGGCCCUUUCGACCGACAAAAAGGGCAACAGCAGCAUUUAGCUGGAUUUUUACAAAUGUCUGCAUUAAUAGCCUUGCGGGAUGCUUGUCAACGCGCCAUAAAUUCUGUUUCUGUUGUGUCUGUGAUGUCUUUAUCAACUUCAACGGAUGCCAAGUUGGAUGCAAAUUCCACUAUGGAUGCAGUGGCUACACCGCCCCAGCCUCAGCAGCAACAACACAAGAAGCAUCCAUGCUCUCAAUCUAAAAAUAGAAACAUAAUUCCUCUCAAUACGAGCUUCUACGAUCCAAUCUGUAACCAGUUACAUAGCCUAUGUUGUCAGCGAUUAGGUAUCGAGGUUGAGACGAACAACACGCACGGCGUGUAUCGUCCUGCAAACGAGCAUCAGCUCUUGAUUCUAUUCGCGCCGCACUGUCCAUGGGGGUUACUGCAUAAUUUCUUCGUAUCCAACUGGCCCUGCCCUUCCUCACCGGUGAAGGGAGGGAAGAGCGCGGUCAAUGGCCACUGCCUUCCCGACCCACCUGCCGUUGCGCUGCGUCAGGUGCUCCUCAUUUCGAAUAAUCUCCAAUGCGCCCCUUUGUGCUCGACGGCACCGUCCGCAUCGUCGCAGUGGAGCCUCUAUCAUGAGGGCCUCUGCUCCUGCCUGGAGGUUCAGCCCCUACAGGGGGGCCCGGAUCCCCACCUUCAGGGCAAAACGCGGAGGAAAUGCAGGACCUCCGAGGUCGACGACGAGGACCUUGCCGAGGAGGCCGCUGAGGCCACCCUGGAGGCGAGUCCUCGGAGCCUGCGCGACGCCUUCUCCGACCUCGCUCUCAUGCGGGUGAAGGGGGAGCUCAGCGACGCAGAGGUCACGGCGCGGCUGCUGUUAGGGUCUCGAAGUCGGAUCCCCUUGACCCAAUUUCAGGAGAUGGCUUAA